AUGCCUCAAGUCUCUGGCGACCUGCGUCGUUACGAACUUGAGCUGUCGCAUGUUAUAGAAUCAGCAAAUGCAGAUAUUAGCAGCCUCGCCUCCGAAGCUGGUGCUGAAGCUCGGCGACACGUCGUGUCCAGAAUAACGCACUGGCUGCGGACGGCGAACGACUUGCUCGCCCGGAUGGAGUUGGAGGCCAAAUCCACCGAGGGUGAUGACCUCGACAGGGCGGCCGCGGAAUCCGUAGUCUCCGACGGAAGGCAACGAGUCGUGCGCUUGAGGCGAAGUCUGCGGGGUGUGGAGCAGGCACUGCAGCGAGAAGAACUAAUUUCGCGCUCUCAGCAAUCCUCGGGUCCGCGGGUCGCCCGCGAGGUGGACGCAACCGACGCGCCCUUGCUGGACACCACGAAGGAGCACCGCGCUGGUGUAGCUGGUGUAACGGACACACUCGUGAAAGCUUCUCUCCACAUCCAGGAUUCAAAGCGCGUGCUUGCUGAAACAGAGUCCGUUGGUGCGAAUGUUCUGGCGGACCUUGAAGCUCAGGGCCGCACGCUUGAGCGUUCGUAUAGCCGCUUGCAGAGUAUGGGUUCUCGUCUGCUCUCCAGCAGUGGGAUCAUCUCUACGAUGCGUGGCACAGAGCGAAUGCGACGACUGCUUAUCCUUGGAUUGGUAGGUGCCGUUCUUCUGUCUAUUGGUGCGUUGAUGACGAUCAAAGUUUGGCCGCACAAAGGCGGCGUUGUUGACGGGAAUUGA